AUCAACUGCGUCCGAUCCUUUCAUCUUCCAUUUGGAAAGCCAGGACUAAGUAACCAUGAGGGUCUUCAUCUUCUCCUGCCUUUUGGCUGUUGCUCUGGCCACGCAUGAUCGUGUCAACCUUUUUCAAGAAGUAACCUCUAGUGUUUCAUCCAGUGAGGAAUCCAUUGAAGUACCAACUGAAAAAAAUGAGCAGAUUGAGGAAGAAAAUGUCUAUAUGAAACAGUUGAACCAAAUCAUCAAGAAGUUCUAUCAGAAAUUUUACUUUCCACAAUAUCCUCAAGUGUACCAGCAACGGAUGUUUAUGAACCCACAGACCCAGAUGAAGACAACUGCUUAUCCUGUGCCCGUUUAUGAAAUGACCAGAAUCCCCCAGGAGAGAAUCAUCAGGAAGAAUGCUGAUAUGGUCAAAUUCAACCAGUUUCACCAGUUGGUCAUCCCCCAGUAUUUCCAGGCUCUGCAGCAAAAGCGGAUGGCUAUGAACCCUUGGUUUCGCAUAAACCCUUAUCACCCUCUUCCUGUUUUGGCUUAAUUGGAAAAAAAAAUCAUUCCUAAAUAGUUUUCUCAUCUAUGAAAACACCUCUACUAUCAAUAUCUUUCGGAAUUUUGGUGAAAAGACACCGAUGUACAGGCAAAAAGGAAGAUUGUGUGGAACGUUUUCUAUGUUGUUGAUUUUAUUUUGAGUUUAUGUUGGAUGUAGCAGCUCUUGAUUGUGGCUAUAUUAAUAUGAAUUGAUUACUUGAUGUCUUUUCACUAUGUCUGAGAUAUAGACUAUGUAUCUCUUAACAAAACAUUAAAAUUUUGAAUG